GUCAUUGUCAUUUUAUGUCAUAAACUUGUAUCAGCACAGCAAUGAAAACUCUGUGAAUUCCUUUUUAUCCAAAAUGAGCUAUAUUCCACAUCGUAUUAUUGUAUUGAGGAUACCUUCAGGCAUAGUUAAAAGUGAUAAACAAAUACAUUUAUUUAGAACCAAUUCUCAAAAAUAGUGCAAUCAAUUUGGUGAUAAUAAUAUCUUUAUAACAUUGAAAUUGUUGUAAUUAACACGUUUGCUAUUUUAUUAAUGGUUCGGCUAGUCAUACAAUAAAGUCUAAAGUCAAUUUGAGUGAAAUUAACAUGAUAUAAUUGUAUUAUUUAUUAUGAACGAGUACUACGAGUUAGAAGAUCGUAAAAUGAAAGGUACACUUCGUGACUGGCGUAAGGCACUGCGCACCCCGGCCACGUACAGGGUCGGUAACGCUGUGAGGAUACAGCCACAAUUUGUAUUAUUAAUUGGUUUGAUAGGAGCAUUCCUUGUGGUGUUGUUUUAUUACAAUUGGUGGACAAGCAGCCAGCCAGCAGCAGUUCAUAAAUGGGCCAGUUCAGUGAGACCAUACAAUUUAACGUACCCUCUUACCUCACCGUUAUACAACGGAGAUUUAGUUACAUUCAGAAUUGGGAUAGUGACAGACUUAGAUACCAAUUCCAAGAGCAAUACACAAAAGCACACAUACAUUAGUUACUUAAAGAAAGGAUAUUUGAAUUACAAUCGUGUAAAGAAGUCCGUGCAAGUGACAUGGGACAGUCGAGAGCCAACACAACUGAGCUCUACGUACUCUCACAAGGGAAGAGGCAUGGAGCUCUCAGAAUUGAUAGUGUAUGAUGGAAGAUUGCUAACUUUUGAUGAUCGAUCUGGAAUGGUAUGUAGAUUUAUUUAA